CUAGGCUGUGUGCAUCUCCAUUAUUCCUACAUGCUCAUGGACUGUGUCAUUUAAAGACCUCGGGUGGAGCUGUCGUCCUGACCAAUAGGAGCAUCACAGCCACAUAAUCAGAAAGAGAGAAAGGGGAGCUCUCGCUGCACUUGGCAGGCAAAAAAAAAAAAAAAAGAAGAAGAAAGCUUUCAGUGCGAGGAUAACACUGAACUAUUUGUCGGAGUCGGACUCCAUUGGACCUUUUCCGUCCCCCCUCCCCAUCCCCGCUGAGACUUCUGGACUACUCCUCUCGGGUCCUCUCCUCACUUUCUUUGGAUUUAUCGCCGCAGAAAGGCGCGCUUCUCCUUUUUGGAAACAUGCUGGUCGGACGCAAACCGUGCUGGAGGCAAUUGCAGGCUUCUUUUUUCCGACUGCUGUGUCUUAUCCCGACAGGAUUCCCCGUCCGCAGUGUGGAUAUGCAGCGGGCCACCGACAACAUCACGGUCCGCCAGGGCGACACGGCCGUCAUAAGGUGUUACGUUGAUGACAAAUUCUCCAAGGUUGCCUGGCUCAAUCGAUCAAACAUCAUCUUUGCCGGCCAGGAUAAGUGGUCUCUGGACCCCAGGGUCGAUCUGAUUACCAAAGGACAGCUUGAGUACAGCCUACGCAUACAAAAGGUGGAUGUUUACGAUGAAGGGUCAUAUACCUGCUCCAUACAGACUAAGCAGCAACCCAAGCCCUCGAUGGUCUACCUCAUUGUACAAGUUCCAGCCAACAUCUACAAGAUGUCAGAAGACAUGACGGUAAAUGAGGGCAGCAAUGUCACACUCAGCUGCUUGGCCAGCGGCAGGCCGGACCCUCUAAUCACCUGGCGGCUGCUCAACCCCUCAGAGCCACUGGAUGGAGAGGAGUACCUGGACAUCAUCGGUAUAAUGCGAAACCAAGCAGGCCGCUACGAAUGCAAGGCCAGCAAUGACGUCGCCACGCCUGAUGUCAAAUAUGUCAACGUGAUCGUCAACUACCCUCCAACAUUAAAGAAAAUCCAGAGCUCGGAGGCCCAGAUUGGCCGCAUGGGGUCGCUGCUGUGCGAAGCCACCGCUGUGCCCACACCAGAAUUCGAAUGGUACAGGGACGACAAAAGACUGUCCAGUUCCCAGAACAUCAAUAUUCAAGUUCUUGGCACUAGUACUAUUCUCAUGAUUCCAAGUGUCACUGAAGAGGAUUAUGGGAAAUAUACCUGUGUGGCCUCAAACCGACUGGGUGUCCAGAACGCCAGCCUCUUCCUCUAUAGACCCGGAACAGGCCGCGAUAUCAACGGCUCUGCCUGCGUCUCUCAAUCACUGUGGCUGUUCCUGGCCUGCUUUGCCUGCCUUCUCUUCAAGUGUUAAUACUUCUCCUUGUCUCCUCCUCCUCUUUCCUUCCACUCGGCCUUUCAACCUUUCCUUCCUUGUGCUCUCCUCCUACUCACCAACAUCCUUAUCGCUACCUGAUCACCGACCUUACAGCCCCCAGACUGUUUGCAUUAUUACAAAAAACCUUAUGUGCUGUCAAACACUGCUUAAAGAUAUUAUGUGUCGGGUCAUGAGUAAAACGCUAUAGAAGCAAGAAGAAGAAAAAAAAAACGAUAUGAAGGACAGAACAAGCAAACAGUGCUCUUUAAAAAAAAAAAAAAAUGUGUUGCUCUUUUUAAUAUGUAUGCACUUCUUUGUUUCUGCUAUAUAUCUUGUCUGUGAGGUCUGGGUGAGGUUUAGGGUUUGUUGUACUUCUAUGUCUUAUGGAAUUGAACACAAAGGUGCCCCACUUAGGAGGAUGCCAACAAUCAUUUGUCUUUAGAAAAUUCCCAGAGCUGCGUUAUUAGAAAUUAAAUAUAAUAUUUUAUCGCUAUCCAGUGCGUUAUUGAGGUGCAAGAAUCUGCCAAAUAUAACACGAAGAGAAAGUCAAAGUAGGAUGAAAUUGUUUCUGGAUGCAGCAUUCAUGUUUUCAUAUGGAGCUCAAGUAGAUACGGACAACAAAAAAUAUAAUUCCCUUUUUUUUCUGCACCAGGUCUUUAACGAUUGUGCACAUUAUUCUCAUGGCAAAUAAAAACUAGGUCUAUUAGGAGUCUCACAGAUGGGUCACAUGUUAGGUCAAAAAGAACUUAGGCGGUACCUCGUUUGUUUUUGUUUAUUUAGCAAUCUCUUCCGAAAGGUCAGGCAAUAACCGAAGCGGUUGUUGCCAGAAGAAAUCAUCCAGACACCCACAAAUAUGAUCAGAAAAGACACGGUUUGUUAGGCGCAGUGUUUUCAUCCAAGACCGAAUUAUAGGAAAAGUAGGGUAUACGAAAACCCAAGGUACCACUGUAUCGUCCUUUUUUCUACUUUUUUCGGCUAUUCGUUUUGGUGCCUGAAAUGUUUUUGAAAAAGCCCAUGUUGUCGUUUCUGUCAGUGCUGAAAAUGGUGAUGUGUGUUAAAGUGGGUUAAGGGUCUUUCACAACCCAAACAACAAAGGUGCUGAUCAAGAUAAUGAGCUUCUUUGGCAAAGUUCCUGUACUGCACCAUCAGCGAUGCUUUAGUUACAUACCGUAUUUUUUGGACUAUAAGUCGCUCCGGAGUAUACGUCGCACCGGCCGAAAAUGCACAAUAAAGAAGAAAAAAAACAUAUAUACGUCGCACUGGAGUAUAAGUCGCACUUUUGGGGAAAUCUAUUUGAUAAAACCCAACACCAAGAAUAGACAUCAGAAAGGCAAUUUAAAAUAAAGAAUAGUGAACAACAGGCUGAAUAAGUGUACGUUAUAUGAGGCAUAAAUAACCAACUGAGAACGUGCCUGGUAUGUUAACGUAACAUAUUAUGGUAAGAGUCAUUCAAAUAACUAUAACAUAUAGAACAUGCUAUACGUUUACCAAACAAUCUUUCACUCCAGAUCGCUAAAUAACAUGCAAUCUUUCUCCUCUGUGUCGCUCCUGGUAUGCCCCGCCAGCGUCCAUUCUUUCUGCUGCUCGAUCGCCGUUUUCUGCUGCAUAUUUCACUACAUCCAGCUUGUAAUCUGCAGUUCAUGAUUUCCUUUUUGGUGCCGUUUUAGUUCAGUCCUUCUUAGUUUUUAUAAGUUAGCGCCAACAUUGAUUUGAUCCAUUUUAAUAGCUCCGGCAGUAGCGUAUAGCAUAUAGCAGUUAGCAUUCCAAAACCCACAAUGCACUUCUGCCAUGACCCGCCCCCGCCGAAUUCUUAUUGGUUGCCGUGUGAGUGACGAUUGCUGACGUGUGUGUGACGAUGGCUGCCGUUUGCUUUGUCGCUCACGCGAAUGAGAUAAAUAAUAUUAUUUGAUAUUUUACGGUAAUAUGUUAAUAAUUUCACACAUAAGUCGCUCCGGAGUAUACGUCGCACCCACGGCCAAACUAUGAAAAAAACUGCGACUUAUAUUCCGAAAAAUACGGUACUCUAAGGCCCCUUCUACACUAAGCCGGCUAUGGUUAUCCAGGGUAAAUCCCACCCAACCUUAUCCGUGUCCACACACACACAAUGGUCGUUUAAGACCCCCUCCCCCCUCCGUCCGCCAGCGCAACGCGACCUAAUACUCAUGCGCGGAAAAUGCGCACAUCAUAGUCACCUCCAGUGUUGCUUUGUGUGCAAGUUCUUAAAUUAAAUGUAACUUAUCUGAACAAUAUCCAGUGUUGUGGUAUUUCAAUUAACUGAAAUCCAGUGUGCUGUGGGGCCCUAUUGUAGUGAAUCACACCUGAGACAUCAUAAAUUAAUCAAAUCUUUAUUAGACACGUGAAAGUAAACAAUGUGAUAAAGAACAUUUUACAUCAUUCAAUCUAGGGAUCUAGAUAUCUGGUUUGGACACUCCUCACUCUUUUGCCUUCACCUUCAUUGUCCAUUCGUUUUUGGUGACUUUAUAUACUCUGGACCUAGACGUUGAGUCCGCGACAUACAUGGCGGACAAUAACUGAUACGGUCUGCUUUGCCAGUCCAAAUGCAUUCGAUGUUUUCCGUAGUCUUCCCUCGACGGCUAGGUAAUACAAAGCACACGCUACCUUUUUUAUCACAUCCACGGGAGCCCGCAUUCUCGUUGACUCUCCUCCGACAAAUGGACAAAGUUUUUCGGUAAGUAGAAUCACAGCUGACCUGGACAUUCGAAAGUUCUCUUGCCGUCUGAGAUGUGUUGUAUCCAAAAUAGCUGCAAUCGCGCGUUUUCUUCUCUUAAGGUAUCCAUGCGUGUGUGACAGACUCCAGCUGUCGUGCGGGUUCCAUGGACCACCAAGGACUGACAUGACUGCGAGCAGGGUUGACUUUGUUUAUUUUGCAAAAAUACUCAGUCUCAGGUCGGGUCGCUUUUAAGCUCCUUCCUUCUCCACUGCUCGCUCUUCGGUCCGCUUUUCAGCCGGCCGCGUCUUCGUCUGCCUCUUGCUCUCUGUCUCUUGCGCGCUGCAUGUGCUGCUGGCUCUCCAACUCCUUCUGCCGCCUCGUCGUUCUCGGCUGCCGCCCUUUUACACACUUGGAGGAGACUAUAUAAUUGUGCCCAGGUGGGCGAUCCACGCACCUGAUACUUGUUACGGCGUCGAUCCCGACGCGCCCCGCCUUGCCGCUGGCCCGCCGGCCACGCCUCCUCGCCGCCAUCUUGGAGUCGGCCCCGGCGUGCCCUGCCUCGCUGUCGGUCUGCCGGCCACGCCUCCCCACAGUGUGAUAUCCACAAGAAGAAUGACAAACACGGGCAUGUCUGGAUGACUCGCCUCCAUCUUUCCAGUGAUUAGUUUGGGUUGUUAUGAAGCUGGCUCUGGCGCAUUCUUUCUGACGUCACUUCCUGUGUGGGGCGCAGUCUUUCUGACUUCACUUCCUCCCCGAACUCAGUUUGUAAACGAUCAAUGAGUCCAUACAAAGUUAAGAGCAAUACACAGCGCACUUACCCGUGUAAAAAAUUAUCCAAGGAGGGGGGCCUUAAACGAUGGUUUAGUGUGGCUGAAACGGGGCUUAGGCUAAAUAAUUAUUCGUUUAAGGAGUUAUCCUGCUUAGUAUAGACAUAGCCUAAGUCAAAUUAUAAACCCACUUAAGUAACUUUUGUUGGUUUACCCCCUGACCAGACAUGAACAGCAUGUUCUAACAGAGAGAGACAUAAUAUCAUCAACAAAUCAAUUAAAUAUAUGAAAUUAAAGAUUUAUAUAUGCAGUAUUAACGUGUAUUUGAUUGAGUGAACUAAGGCUGAAUUCCCCCUAACGUUUUGUCUUCGUCCUUUGUCCUCUGUUUUGCGUGUUUACGUCGGGCAAUUAGUGUUUUAAGGUUAAGAACUAAGUGUGCAUAGCUGGGUCCCUACCACAUUUGCAACCAAGUCUUAUGAAAAGAAAGCUGAACCGAAAGCACAUACUGUAAAUGUAAGUAAUUAAACUGUAUUGAUUUUUAUUGUUAUUUUUAUUGUUUUAAAAUAUUUUGUAGCUUAAAAAUUAUUAUUAUUUUUUUUAUUAUUUUAAUUAUAAUUAUCGCAAUAUAUAAUCGCAAUUAUAUUAAUAAUUAUUUUAAUUGCUCGUAAUACAAGUAGUGUUGUCCCGAUACCGAUAUUUUGGUACCGGUACCAAAAUGUAUUUCGAUACUUUUCUAAAUAAAGGGGACCACAAAAAAUUGCAUUUUUGGUUGUAUUUUAACAAAAAAUCUUACAGUACAUUAAACAUAUGUUUCUGAUUGCAAGUUUGUCUUUAAAUAAAAUAGUGAACACACAAGACAACGUAAGCAAACAAAGUCUCCUAAUUAGUCUGCUGACAUGCAGUAACAUAUUGUGUCAUUUUCCAUUCUA